AUGCCCUUCUCCUUUGCCAAAAGGCCUCCUCUUCCCCCUCCUCUUCCUUCUCGUCCUUUUCCUUCUCGCCUACGUUCCAAAACCAGGCCUCCGCCCUCGAAGUCAUGCCUUGCUACUUCGCGCUCUGAGCGGGAUCUCUCCACCUCUGGAGAAGCUUGCGUCCGGAAGACAGUGCGCUUCCCUGACGACAAGAUGUCUCUCGAGCGAGUCAUCCUAAUCCCGGCUCGGGCAGUACCAAGGCCGCCAACCUUCCAGAGUGCCCAGAUCACGAAGACGAAGUCGUUCAUCAUGUACACUUCGGAUAAGAUGGGGUCAAACCAGCGGUUCCUUCACAAGGUUCCAGGACGUAGCGGACCACCUCGGGACAUUGUGUGUACUCACUGGGAGAGUGUCGUUCGUGCCCGUAGUCUCGCCGCUAUGUACUCUGCUGAGCCCCGUCCUCCGCGGUCUGCGCCUUCCUUCGUGGCCUCUCAUGUGCCGAAUGCCGCCUUCGGGGUGCACUCGCCGAGUAGUGCCGUGUCUGAGGCUGCCCCUGUUGGUUCGCCAAAAGGGUCCGCCUUUGACAUGUCCUCCCUGGCUUGUACACUUCCGGAUGCUUCUUCUGAUGUGUCGUCUGCUUUUGACGUGUCCUCCCUGGCUCGUGCGCUUCCAGGACCAGAUGCAUCUUCUGAUGUGUCUGCCUUCGACAUGUCCUCCCUGGCUUGUGCACUUCCGGGACCAGAUGCAUCUUCUGAUGUGUCUGCCUUUGACAUGUCCUCCCUGGCUCGUGCACUUCCGGGACCAGAUGCAUCUUCUGAUGUGUCUGCCUUUGACAUGUCCUCCCUGGCGCCUGCACUUCCGACACUUGAUGCUUCUUCUGAUGUGUCAUCCCUUGCACCUGUGCCCAAGUCCAUGGUCGCUUCCCACCCAUCUCCAAAGGCUCGUCAUGCACGUGUGGUCCAGACCCACGUCGAGGCUGAUCCGUUCUCGAUCACCCUCUUCCGCCUUUGUGAGCUCUUCCUUGUGGUGGGGAGUGUCUUCCCAUGGAUGGUUCCCGUGUACGCGGCACUUGUGCUCCUGCUCGUUUGUGGGAGACGCUUCUUUUGA